UGUACUUUAAUUAUGGAAAAUUGAAGAAAAAGCCGCACUCUGUAGAGCCUCCCUUACUAUCGAAGCUUCUGGAUCCGAGUAGCUUUUUUUCACAAGCCAGCUUCAGCACAGCCAGAAGGGAAAAAAAACAUGGCGGCUUCGCUGGGCAGACAAUAUUGCUGCGUCACGCGAGCACAAACGCGCGCGUCACACACCGAAAAGUGCUCAUUAUUUUCGAGUUUGUUGUGAGGUUUUUGUGGUCGAAAACAGACCCGUGUUCCGGUUUUCUGGCGGGAAUCGAACAUCACCAUCACCACCACCACCACCAUCGCCAUUUCGUUCGUGCGUGUGCGAGAGAUGUCAGAUGAUUUUUUUUUGUUCAUACUGCUGCUGCUGCUGCUACUCUUCACAUUGGUAAAGUGCGUGUGAUAUGGGUGAAAAUAAUGCACCACCACACCUCUAAGCGCGUACAAACCACCGCCGAACGAACACACACGCGAAAGGCCACGUAACGAAGGGUGUGGUGGUGGUUCGAUUUCUCUUCUCCCCGGCCAUCCCUUUCCUGCUCUCUUCGCAACAGCGCUCUGUGUGCUGCUGGCGUGGUGUGAAGUGGGUAUCCUUGUGUAGUGCUGCAUACCGUGUGUGUGUGUGUGUGUGUGUGUGUGUGUGUGUGUGUGUGUGUGUGUGUACGUGCAUGCGUGCGCGUGUGUGUUUAAUGAGAAGUGGCUGCUUGUACCUGUCUCCUUCUCUCUCUUUCUCUUCCUCUAUUUUCAACACCCGUUUUCUGUCUCGCUCUUCUGGCUGACAUUUCGAGUCGAGUUUUGACAGCAGCAUCCCAAGCGUGCGACGUACGAGUGUGGUGUGUUGUGGAGCAUUUUCUCCAUUUUUGUGUUGGUGGAGUUCCCCCCCCCCUCCUCUUCACUUGUUUGUGCUUUGACGCACACGCACGUUAGUGUGGUUUGCUUUAUUUCUCAUUGCGUGCGUCGUGUGUCUGUGUUGCGUAGUGAAAUGGAGAUGUUAAGAUUAGAAGCAGUACGCUCUGCUGUGUAAAUCGCGUGCACGCAACACACAAACGCACGCAAGCAAAGCCUCUGUACGGCCGGUUUUUUUGCUUGGGCGUCGCGGCGUUUGUUUGCUGUGUUGCAUGCAUUUGUGUGAGAAAAUAGAGAACAACACCCCAAAGGAAAAGAAUUUACCCCAGUGUGCUGUAACACAUCCACAGUGGUCGGUCGUGCGAGGCAAAAAGUGACAUUUGAGCAUCGAUGCGGCAGCCUACAACAGAGAGAGAGAGAGAGCGUGAUAGUGCGAGUGCGCGCCGCUCUUGCUUUCUCUCGCUCGCUCGCUCGCUCGUACACGUCACGCCGUACAGCAAACUGUUCAAACUCAGAGCUCUCGCUCCACAGUGCAAACAGCAGCAGCACGUACUCUGUUGUGUGUAGAAGGCUACUUUUUUUUUUUGCUUCCAUAAAGCAUUUUUUGUGUGUUCUUCAAUUCUAACACCUUCUAAAGUCUGGCUGGGUCGAAACGGAGUGUGUUUGUGCGCUCCUGUUUUACCAGAGUAAAGCGCACGCUCUCGCUUUCUCUCUCUCGCUCGCAUACUCAGUUGGCGUUGUUUGCACAAACCACCAGCAGCAGCAGCAGUAGGCCUGCCUGUGAGGCCUGUUCGUCGAAAGAAGCGAAGCCGUUGCCGUGCUGCUGUGAAUGGAACGAAAAUAAAAUGGCGGCCCCAAGGCGGCAUCCACACCACCAGUGCAAACAUUAGUGAAUGGAUCGUGUUUUAUCGGAUGGUGAAGCGAAAAUCGACAAAAAUCGUGUGCGUGUCCCCCCCUCCCGCUCAGAAGAUUUCUUAAUCGCUCGAGUGUGUCCCAACAGUCGGUGACAGGUCGGGGUGAUUAAAACCGUCAAACGGAAGUUGUACGAUUGCCGUACAAUCAUCGGUACACCGUUUGCUAAAUGCCAAACCCGUUGGCAGUAACGUUUCCGUCGGCGGAAGUGUAGCGCAAACAAAACAACAAAAAAAAAAGUAACAUUUUUACAAUGGAAUAAGUGUGUUUAGCAGCAGCAACAGCGAGGGAAGGCAAACGAUUGUAAAGUUCUGUAAGAAAGUGAAAUAUUUUGCACCCAACAAAAACCCCCCUCUUCGCGUAUCUAGUGCCCGGUUUUUGUACCGAAACGGGGUCGUUGGCGCCAACAGCAGCGAUAGUCGCCAGAAAGAGUGUGUGUGUGUGUGUUCGUUCGUGUGGUGUUGUAAAAGGUUUUUGUGAGCCAAUUUGUGCAGUGUGCCAGUGUGUACCGUGUGUGAGGCAGAUUGCAGUGCCCCAGAGAGUGUGUGUGCCGCACACAAACAAACACCACGCCAGGCGGUUAGAUAAGGGGGCAACGCUUCUUGUUGUCAUCCUCUCCUUCCUCCCACAGCACUCCCGGCCAGGGGGUUGGUACAAGUUAAAAGGGAACAACUAGAAAGAAACAACUCGCGCCCAAAAUGUGUGCAGCGCAGACGAACGCACCGGCCAGCUUUAACUACACCUGGGGCUUUACGGAGAACCCGCGCCCCGACUCGGUGGUGGAGAUCAGCCCAAACAUCAACUACACCGUGGGCGAUGGAACAACGACGAUGCCAUACUUGCAGCUUCCGGACGGGGCUAGCAUUUUACUGAAGGAUGGGAAAGGUUCCAUCUCGCACGCCGGCGGCAAAAGCGUCCGGCGGAUGAUCGUCGUGAACGAUGCGUCCGCCCUGCCGCAGGGAACGCAGCGGAUAAUUACCACCGGCGGUACUGCGACGGCCGUUGCCACUGGCCACCAGAAGAAGCACGAAGUUAUAAACCAAUCCAAUACUACCACUCUAGCGAAUGGGCUGAUCGAUACGAAGACGAAGGCCAUCCUCACGACGAGCGGUGCGAGCGCGUUCAUGUCCCCGAUCGGGCCGAUCCAGCUGACGGCGGAAGAGUGCAACGACAUACUGAUGAAGCGGGCGGCCGCGGCCGUCGCUGCGAACAAUCAGCACGCCCCCAUCAACAACAACGAUGGCCAGCAUACCUCGAUUUCGGUACAGGUGCAGAAGGUGAUUCAAGGGCUGGAGGAGGGAGAUGACUCACAGGCCACCACGUCCAACCAUCAGAUGAAGAUCGAGCCCACGCUGAGCAUCUCGCCGAAGCUGGAAGCGGUCGAAAUGGAUUACAAUGAGUACGUGCAGCAGGAGGCCACCACACCGACACCGAACGUCGUGCCGAAGGAGCGCCCAUACUCGUGCGACCAGUGCGGCAAGUCCUUCCUGCUCAAGCACCAUCUGACCACCCACGCCCGGGUCCAUACAGGUGAGAGAGAGCGGCCCCACGUGUGCGUGCACUGCGGCAAGGACUUUGCCCACAAGCACUGUCUCAACACGCACCUGCUGCUGCACUCGACCGAGCGGCCCUACCAGUGCCAGGAGUGCAAGAAGAGCUUCACGCUGAAGCACCAUCUGCUGACCCAUUCGCGGGUGCACUCGCGCGAGCGGCCGUUCGUGUGCGACCAGUGCGGCCGAUCGUUCCCGCUGAAGCGCCACCUGGUAACGCACAGCAAGUUCCAUGCCGGCGAGCGGCCGUACGUGUGCGCGGACUGUGGGGAAAGCUUUGCGCAGGACGAGCAUCUGGUGAUGCACUCCCGGUUCCACGGCUCGGUCAAUCCGUUCCACUGCCGGGACUGUGGUGCGACCUUCCCGCGCAAGUUCCAGCUGGUGAACCAUGGCAAGAUCCACGGCCGAGUGCCGCACUCGUGCACGCUGUGUGGCAAAGAGUUCCUGCAGAAGCGCACCCUAGCGGCACAUAUGAGAAUCCACACCGGCGACCAGCCAUUCCCGUGCAUUGCGUGCGGCGAGGGUUUCCGCACCAAGUCGGAGCUGAACGCGCACAACCGCCACACGCACAGCGGUGUCAAUCCGAACGCGUCCAACACCACCAUCAUCACGACCAACACCGUCGUGACGUCGAACGCGCAGCAGCAGGCGCAGCAGCAGGCCCAGCAGCAGGCCCAGGCCCAGAGCCAGCAGCAGCACCAGCAGCAGCACAUCGAGGUGAAGCAGAUCCAGCACUACCAGGGCCAGCAGCAGGUGCAGGACGUGUCGAACGGUAACAUCAUCACGACGAUCGCCGCCACCGGCCAGGGCUCGCCCGAAAACGCGGGCAAGCCGCAGUUCGCGUGCCGCGAGUGUGGCAGCGCGUUCAACAGCCGGGAAGCGCUGGCACUCCAUCUGCGCCUGCACACCGGCGACAAGAGCCUUAUGACGGACCUGUGUGCGCUGACCGCGGCCCUGCCCGGCCACCUGUUUCCGGCCGUCAAUCAAGUACAAAUAAUUACCUCCUCGGGGCAGGUGGUGCAGCAGAUUCAACCGCAAAGCCCUCCCCAGCAGCACCAGCAGCAGCUGCAACAGGCGCAGGUUGUGCAGCAGCACCAAACCGUCGUACAGCAGCAGCAGCAAAACCAGCAGCAACAGAUCCAGCACCAGCAGCAGCAGCAGCAACAGCAGCAGCAGCACCAGCAUCAGCAGCAGCAGCAGACGAAACCGAAAUCCCAUUACUGCACCCACUGCGGCAAGGGUUUUGCGGCCAAGCACGGUCUGUUGCUGCACAACCGCCGCCACCCGAACGGUGGCUGCACGGUGCGGACGCACGUGUGCGAGUGCGGUAAGGCGUUCUUCCAGAAGAACCAUCUGAUGCUGCACCAGCGCCAGCAUCUGGAGCAGAAUCAGCGCAGUGGUGGUGGCGGGGCGGCUGGUGGUGCCGGUGGUCAGCAGCAAGCGUCCGCCGGACAGCAGCAGCUCGUUGUGAUUCAACAACCCAACCAGGAUUCGUUGGUACAACAGCAACAGCAGCAGCAACAGGCUGCAGCAGCCGCUGCCCAGCAACAGCAGGCACAGCAGGCUGCGGCUGCCGCUGCCCAGCAGCAGCACCAGCUGCAGCAGCAGCAAGCGCAACAGCAGGCCGUUGCAGUCCAGCAGCAGCAACAGCAGCAACAGCAACAGCAGCAACAGCAGCAACAACAGCAGCAGCAGGGCCAGAACAAUCAGCAUGCCAUGCGCAAUCUGGUCAUUGCGAAUCAGCCCGUGCAGGUGCAGGUCCUGGAGGGUAACACGACCCAGGUGAUCAAGUACGAGAUCAUUCACGACACGUCGCGCCAGUCCAACGUCGAGUGAGAAGAGGCGAUGCUCCGUAUAACCAAACCG